GAAACGGAAGUGCUGUCGUGGUACCGACUUCCUGUUGUUUGAGGCUGGGUGGGGGUGUGCGCUUGUGUGGGGUGGCUUGGGGCAACCCAGCAGCGGCUGACCCUUUGCCUGCGGGGACUAGAGUCGCGAGGCGGCCGUCAUGGCGGUGUCGGAGAGCCAGCUCAAGAAGAUGGUGUCCAAGUACAAAUACAGAGACCUAACUGUACGUGAAACUGUCAAUGUUAUUACUCUAUACAAAGAUCUCAAACCUGUUUUGGAUUCAUAUGUUUUUAACGAUGGCAGUUCCCGGGAACUAAUGAACCUCACUGGAACAAUUCCUGUGCCUUAUAGAGGUAAUACAUACAAUAUUCCAAUAUGCCUAUGGCUACUGGACACAUACCCGUAUAAUCCCCCUAUCUGUUUUGUUAAGCCUACUAGUUCAAUGACUAUUAAAACAGGGAAGCAUGUUGAUGCAAAUGGGAAGAUAUAUCUUCCUUAUCUACAUGAAUGGAAACAUCCACAGUCAGACUUGUUGGGGCUUAUUCAGGUCAUGAUUGUGGUAUUUGGAGAUGAACCGCCAGUCUUCUCUCGUCCUAUUUCGACAUCCUAUCCACCAUACCAGGCAACAGGGCCACCAAAUACUUCCUACAUGCCAGGCGUGCCAGGUGGAAUCUCUUCAUACCCAUCUGGAUACCCUCCCAAUCCCAGUGGUUACCCAGGCUGUCCUUACCCACCUGGUGGUCCAUAUCCUGCCACAACAAGUUCCCAAUACCCUUCCCAGCCUCCUGUGACCACUGUUGGUCCCAGUAGGGACGGCACAAUCAGCGAGGACACCAUUCGAGCCUCUCUCAUCUCAGCGGUCAGUGACAAACUGAGAUGGCGGAUGAAGGAGGAAAUGGAUCGUGCCCAGGCAGAGCUGAAUGCCCUGAAACGAACAGAGGAAGACCUGAAAAAGGGUCACCAGAAACUGGAAGAGAUGGUUACUCGUUUAGAUCAAGAAGUAGCUGAGGUUGAUAAAAACAUAGAACUUUUGAAAAAGAAGGAUGAAGAACUCAGUUCUGCUCUGGAGAAAAUGGAAAAUCAGUCUGAAAACAAUGAUAUUGAUGAAGUUAUCAUUCCCACAGCUCCCUUAUACAAACAGAUCCUGAAUCUGUAUGCAGAGGAAAAUGCUAUUGAAGACACUAUCUUUUACUUGGGAGAAGCUUUGAGGAGGGGAGUGAUAGACCUGGAUGUCUUCCUGAAGCAUGUACGUCUUCUGUCCCGUAAGCAGUUCCAGCUGAGGGCAUUAAUGCAAAAAGCAAGAAAGACUGCCGGUCUCAGUGACCUCUACUGACUUCUCCGAUACCAGCUGGAGGUUGAGCUCUUCUUACUUUCUUCUCUUCCUUUCUCUUAUCAGUAGGUGCCCAGAAUAAGUUAUUGCAGUUUAUCAUUCAAGUGUAAAAUAUUUUGAAUCAAUAAUAUAUUUUCUGUUUUCUUUGGUAAAGACUGGCUUUUAUUAAUGCACUUUCUAUCCUCUGUAAACUUUUUGUGCUGAGUGUUGGGACUGCUAAAUAAAAUUUGUUGCAUAA